AGUCAGAAAUAAAUGUAGGCGCGUUGUUUACUAAUUCACAUAAAAUAACAUAUUAUCCGUACUUUCUAAAUUAUAAAACUAAUUUAUUAAAUUAUUGCUUAAACUUUAAGAUGUCAUCAUUACAGAAGACUAUAAUGAAGAACAAACUGCCGCCGAAAAUGCCCAGGACAUCCGGUAUAUCGAAAUUGGCGCCCUUUGGUGGGUCUCGUCGCAAAGACUACUCUCCAAUAUCAUGGAAAAACUACUUUGAAAAAUAUCUAGAUGUGGAGAUAGAGGCUGGUGUGUUCCGGGUGUAUUUAUCUCCAGAGCCUGAGCACCCUGAGCAGCCAAGGAUUGUCACUCUGCAUGGCGGAGGAUACUCUGGUCUCAGCUGGGCUUUGUUUACAGAAGAAAUAACACGCCUGAUUCACUGCCAAGUUGUGUCCAUGGAUAUCCGAGGGCAUGGGGAGACCAAGGCUAAGGAUUCUGAUGAUUUGAGCAUUGACACAUUGGUCAACGAUGUGGCUCAAGUAUUGCUUAAGCUGUUCGACACGGAGAUGCCGCCCAUCAUCCUCCUGGGGCACUCCAUGGGCGGGGCGGUGGCAGUUCGCGCGUCGCACCUGCCGUCUCUGGAGCCCUACGUCCAGGGUGUUGCUGUUAUUGAUGUUGUAGAAGGUACAGCGAUGGAGGCUCUGGCUAGUAUGCAAAGUUUCUUACGCAGCCGACCCACGCACUUCAACAGUAUAGAACAUGCUAUAGAGUGGUGCGUGCGGAGUGGCCAAGUGAGGAAUGUGGAGUCGGCUCGCGUAUCCAUGCCUAGUCAAAUUGUCAAUUGCGCGACCGGCGAGCUGGCCACCAACGAGAUAGAGCACUACCAGAGCGCGCCUCCCUCCCCCCUGCUGCCCAACACGCGCGGCGUGCGCGCCGACGUCAUCGCCGAGGAGGGCGAAGGGGGGGACGCGGACGCGGGCGCGGGCCACGGGGAGGGGGACUCCUUCGCGAAGCCUCCGCCAGCGCAGGCGGGCGCCAUGCGGUACGGCUGGCGCGUGCCGCUGGCGCUGUCGGAGCGGCACUGGGCGGGCUGGUUCGGGGGGCUGUCGGCCGCCUUCCUGGCCACGCGCGCGCCGCGCCUGCUGCUGCUGGCCUCGCUGGACGGCCUGGACCGCGCGCUCACCGUGGGGCAGAUGCAAGGCAAGUUCCAGAUGCAAGUGCUGACGCGGUGCGGACACGCAGUGCACGAAGACUCCCCGGCUGAGGUGGCGCGUGUGUUGGCCGCCUUCGCGCUUCGUCACCGGCUCACGGCGCCCACGGCCUGCGGGGAGUCGCUGCAACUGGGGUCCGCACCCGGCUGCUGAGUCGCGGACCUGCCGCCGCGCAUCGCACCAUUUGUCGUUGACCUUAACACCCACAACUGACUAUACACAAGAACACUUCAAAAUUGCACGUUGUUAAAAACGACCCUAACUUUAUUGAACUAGUUUGAGACGUUUAGGGUGCUACAAAUAAAUAUGGCAUAGCGUCGCGAUAAUUAUGCAGUGUUUAGGCACACUUUCUACAUCGGAGGGUCCAGUGAGGUUUUCUACUUCAUCGAUAGCCUACACCAAUCCACUGCUGGACUCGAGACCUCUCCCGACGAGUUUGCCCAUAACCCCCACGCUGGGCAGACGGGUUGAUGAUCGCAGUAGAUAGUUGUAGUAGCACAGCUGCUGGCCGCUGUAUUUCCUCAGUCGCCACGCGGCAGAUUUGCUACCUACGUUUACUUAUACAUUAGCGUGAGGGUUGACUACGAUUUAUAUGGUAUCGAAAAAGCGCCAUCUAGUGACGAUACGGGGAAACGGUAUUGCCACUAGAUGGCGCGUAGUUAACAAUCACGCGAUCAAAUAAGUAAACGUACGUAGAAAAUCUCAUACUAGGCUUCCCGAGCAAGGAAAAUACUGCAUAACUACAAUUGCGGCUAAAAUAAAUGCCAAUUUGCCUUAAGAGUUGCAGUAGCAAAUUAAACUUGGGACUUUAAAUGUUGUGUUUAUAAUAACAUUUUUUUUUCAAUUCUCAUGCAAAAAAAACGUUUAUGCUAGAACGUCAAUGUUAAUUUUUGCUAGAACCUUCCGCAAUAAACGUAAUUCGCUAGCUAAGCUAGCUAAUUGGCAGUUCAAACAUACAGAUCUCUUUAAUUAACUUAAAUAUUUCAGUCAUUUUAUUGAUAAUAUAAAAGAAUAGAUGAGAUUUUACAAUAAGUUUACAUUUACAGUAAGAAUUUAAAUUUAUAGGAAAAAGUUGUCAGAAGUCAUUCGCAAGGUCCUGUAACAAUUUAUGCAAUUGCCUUCAAUCAAUAUUUCAUUUUCAAGUGAAGUUGUAGACGAUGCGAGUCCAUGCGUAAAACCGUAGGUAGGAAGAAAAGAGAAAUCUAUUUAUUUUUAAGUUAUGUAUGAAUUAAAUGAACAAACAUUACUGCUCAUGAAAUAAAUAUAAUAAUGUAAUAAGUAUACCUUUUACUAUACUGCAAUACGAAUGUUAAGAGUAUUUUUUUUUAAAGAAAAGCCCAAAAUCAUUAUGAGUUAGGAAAGUUAAUCAGGUCACGGAAUUCUGUGAGAACCGCAGGAGUCUGUCAACCAUUGGAACCAUUGGAACUAUUGGAACUAUUGGAAAAAUUAACGUUUAUAAACUGUUUGAUGCUAUAGGAAUAUUCAAAAAAGUAUUGCUAUCAUAUUUUCUUACUAAUAUAUUUCUAAGUGCAGUGAGAUUAACUUCCUUUAUUGGUUUUUGGUAGAAAUAAUACAAUAAAUUGAUAGCAAAGAGGAUACAAACAACAUUUUUUUUGCAUCAUAUGGAAAACAAAGAAGUUAUAAAAAUAAAACACUAAAAAAACAUGGCUUAUUAUUUUACUAAGCUUACUAACUUAAUUUUAUUUCAUUUGCAUUUAUUAAAUAUUCCGGAAGGUUUAGUUAAACCAUGUUGUGAUUGGUCGCACGCAAACCGCAGUGGAGCCGCGAACGUUUUGUUUCUUCUUUUGGGUAUAUCUUUGUCUACCAGUUAUAUUAAAUAUAAUAAUAUUAUUAUUAGUAUAUAUAAUAGUAUUAUUAUUAUUGAAUUUAGAAUUCUUUAGAUAUAAUCUUCGAUUUUUUUAAACAAGACCAAGAAAAGUGCUUGUUUGACGCUCGUGUAGAAAACCACAAAUGAUAAGAUGGUGAUAGCUGGGUUUUGGCUAUGACAACCUUCACUAAGUGAUAAAGGGUUAGUUUUUCUAUGUCAGUGAUUUUGAAAUUCUAUCAUCAUACCGGUUGUAUUUUAGCUUGUACUUAAAAUAUAUUUAGUCUUGGCUAUUAAUUUAAUGAGUUUUGGUAUUUAAGUUAAAUUCGGGGGUUAUUUGAUUAUGGCUGCUUCCAACGGUUUGUGCGAUGACCGAGUGGCGCUAUAUAGCGAAGCUCUCUUGCGCCACCACCAACGUACACUCAAGCUUGUUGGACAGCCAACAUACGGCCGAAUACUGCUUGUUCCGUCCAGGAACAAGAGUCCCUAAUUUUUUGAUAUAUAUAUUUUUUCUCUCUUAUUUUCGGCUAACACAAUUUGAAGGAUUGUUCUUGUUUUAUAUUUUUUUGUUCAUUGGGUUUGUUUCGUUUUGAGUGUCUUCUAUCUAAAAACCGAUCCAGUUCAUUGGUUACUUACUGCACCGCCGCGCCUCCAGCGGUAGAAAGCACUCACUAAUCGGAUCAAUCACUGGAUGUGGUCGAUAUUCACUCGCCCCCGUGAAAACAUAUCUUUUUUGGUCAUAUCCCUCGCGCCUCCAUAGACUUCAUAGACUUAUGAUGAGAAGCGAUCGAGGUUCAAAUAGGCAUCCACGCGGGCUUUGGUGCUCAAGCAACAUUCCUUAUUGAACACUCCUCAAUUAUAGGUCAAGCUCGUCUCAAAUAUAAGGCGCAUCUUGUUUCACGUUUGUUGACUUAACAGUAUUCGGCUGUUGGAGAAGAAAUCGAACCUACGACCCACGAUGCUAAGCUACGUUCCGAACGUCAUUUAUUAAUUGUGAUUAUCGAAGAACGAGUAGUAGUUUGUAAUACAUGGUCUAUUUAUGAAGUAUUAAAGAUGUUCUCAAAGUGUAAUUUAUGUUUAUAAAAAUUAAUAAAUAUUGUCAA